CAAGGAGUAGCAAGCGGUAUGUGUUGUGUUCUGGGAGGGGUAUUGCAGAAAAAAUACCUCUUGCCGCUGCUCACUGCUCUUCGAACUUUCACUUUGGACUCUCUCGAGACUAAACAAAAGUUCAAAUUUCUCCGAUCUACUCCAACACUUGUUUACCAACAAUUCCCAUUCCCUCACUCUUCCACAUAUGCAUCCUCGCCACAAUCGAUAGGUUAGUUUUCAAGAGACAGCAAUGUUGCACGAGCUUCUGCUAGCGUUGCUGGGCUACACGGGCGACUUAAUCAUCGACCGUCGGGACCACCUCACCGCCGAAACCCCCAUCUCCGACGAGUGCACUUUCAAGCUCGCUCCCGACAUCUCUUUUGUCGACCCAAGCGACAGGGAACUUAUUGAGAGGAUCAUCGUGUUGGGGUUUUAUUAUAGGGAGAUGGAGCGAUUUUCAGCCAAGUCUAGGAACUUAAGUUGGAUAAGGUCUGCAAAUGCGAGCCCUUUGGAGAAAAAGGAGAAGGGAAGUGUUUAUCGUAGGGCCCUAGCCAAUGGCAUUGUUGAAAUACUCUCAGUUUAUAGGUCUGCGGUUCUGCAUAUUGAGCAGAAGUUGUUGUCUGAAUCCAUGCCUAUCUUGGCAACAGUUACUCAGGGCCUUAACAAGUUUUUUUGCCUUUUGCCUCCUCUGUAUGAGCUCAUCCUAGAAAUUGAGCGUGAUGAUAUACGUGGAGGUCAACUUCUUAAUCUUCUACAUAAGAGAUGCCACUGUGGAGUGCCUGAAUUACAGACUUGCAUGCAAAGGCUUCUUUGGCAUGGGCACCAGGUCAUGUAUAACCAGCUUGCAUCAUGGAUGGUUUAUGGGAUACUUCAAGAUCAGCAUGGAGAGUUUUUCAUUAGGAGGCAAGAAGAUAGAGAUAUAGAAAAUAGUUCAUCUCAGCCAGAAAUUUCUGAAAAGUUGGCACGCAUGUCAACUGAUGAUGCAUCUUUGACUGAUUGGCACUUGGGCUUUCAUAUUUCUUUGGAUAUGCUACCAGAAUAUAUACCUAUGCGUGUUGCUGAAUCAAUUCUUUUUGCUGGCAAAGCUGUUAGGGUUCUACGAAAUCCAAGUCCUUCCUUCCAGUCUGGGGAUGCUGUGCAUCCUCAAAUGCCUAAAAGCUUUCAGAAAAUACAUGGAUUAGCAGGGCGUUUUCAAUUUCAGAGGGAACCUGCAAUUAAUAUGGGAAUGGGAGAAGAUUUGCUUCCACAAUCUGAGGCAGAUAAGAUUGAAGCAAUGCUUCUGAACCUAAAGGAAUCAUCUGAAUUUCAUAAAAGAUCAUUUGAAUGUGCUGUGGACUCUGUUCAGGCUAUUGCGGCUAGUCAUCUGUGGCAGCUUGUGGUUGUCCGUGCUGACUUGAAUGGCCACCUGAAAGCCUUAAAAGACUAUUUUCUUUUGGCAAAAGGAGAUUUCUUCCAGUGUUUCCUUGAGGAAAGUCGUCAGUUAAUGCGAUUGCCACCACGCCAGUCAACUGCUGAGGCUGAUCUUAUGGUCCCAUUUCAGAUGGCUGCAUUAAAAACUAUUGGUGAAGAAGACAAAUAUUUCUCUAAAGUGUCCUUGCGGAUGCCAUCUUUUGGGAUCACAGUUAAAUCUUCCAUAUUAGAUUUACCAAAGGCAACCUCUUCUGUAGAUGGUAGCUCUGCUGCUUCACUUUCAAAUGCUUCGUCUGAAAUGUCACUUGAUGGUUGGGAUGGUAUUGCUCUUGAGUAUUCUGUUGAUUGGCCUUUGCAUUUGUUCUUUACUCAAGAAGUACUCUCUAAGUACCUUAGAAUAUUCAAAUACCUACUUCGUCUAAAACGAACACAAAUGGAGUUGGAGAAAUUAUGGGCAUCUGUAAUGCAUCAAUAUCAUAGUGAUUUUGCCAAACACAGAAAUGAUCGAGACAAGUGCUCAGAAACACAGCAAAAACGUCAACAAUUUCGAUCAAUGUGGCGUGUUAGAGAACAUAUGGCAUUCUUGAUCAGAAAUCUCCAAUUUUAUAUUCAGGUCGAUGUGAUAGAGUCUCAAUGGAACAUUUUGCAAUCUCACAUUCAAGAUUCUCAUGAUUUUACAGAACUUGUGGGCUUUCAUCAAGAGUAUCUAUCAGCCUUGAUUUCACAAACUUUCUUGGACAUUGGUUCUGUGUCGAGGAUACUUGAUAGUAUCAUGAAGCUUUGCCUGCAAUUCUGCUGGAAUAUUGAGAAUCAAGAUAACUGUUCAAAUACUUCUGAACUGGAACAUAUAGCUGAGGAAUUCAACAAGAAAUCAAAUUCCUUGUACACUAUACUGCGCAGCAGCAGGCUUGCUGGAAGUCAGCGGGCCCCCUUUUUGAGACGUUUUCUUUUGCGGUUAAAUCUGAAUUCCUUCUUUGAGGCAACUGCAAGGGGGGUUCUGAAUGUUGUUAGGCCACGCCCUACACUUCCUGUUUUAAAUCAACAGUAGUAUCAUUCCACCACAACUCCAAAGUUUCUGACUUCAUGGGGCAUUUGGUAUGUGACCAGUGACCUUUCAGUUAAGUGACGAAUUUUGAUGUUGACAGUCAAGUCCCAAUCUAUUUGGCAUUGCUGUUUGACCAUCCUGCACGGCUGCAACUGUCCUUUGAAAGUCAGUUGCACAUUCCACUUGCUGUAUUGAAAAUGUGGUUUUUGAUCCUAGCUGAUUUUGAUUGAUUUUAAUGCGAACACUGGUCGGUUUAAAAGGUGGUUCUUGAUCCUAGAUGAUUUUGAUUGAUUUUUGUGCAAACACACCGGCCAAUAUGGAAGGUGGUUCGUGCUUGUGCUUGUGCUUUCUUUGUUGCCUUUUGUAGUUGUGAGAGAAGUGAUCUUUGUGUAUAGUGUAAUUGGUUUUUAAUAUUAUUACUAUUCUUCCCGCAAGGUUAAGCGCCCUCUUCCCCCCGAAACACUUAAUAUUCUGAAUUUGGCCCGUUGCCAUCAUACCCUUUACUUUGCCAUCAGGUGAUUCCAAUGGAGUAUGAUAGAAUGUGCCAUCCA